CAAACAGACUGUUCUUCUCCAGUCAGCAGAUCAGUGCUGCUGAUCUCAGAAAGAAAUGCUCGCCAUGUUGUGGGAGUUCUCCGUUAUCUCGAGCGAACUGACGCACCACUUCCUCCUGUGCUGUUCUCCUUUGCUGAGGGGGUACAUGUGGCCCGCGAAGACCAGAAGUCAGAUCGACCUUUUUGCAGCUAUCUGAAGAGCUUUGGAUUCUGCAGGGACAGGAGUGUGUGUCCUGAUCGUCACAGAAUCAACCCUAGGUCAGACCAGUCUGCUCUUCCUGCAUCUGGAGUCAUAGAAGUCUUACCGCUCUACAUUAAGACAGCAUCUGUCUUCUAUGGUCGUUUGGUCAGACAGAAUGACAAGGAGUUUGAUAAAAUGGCCUCUGAGAUGAUGUCUUAUUAUGCUGACAAGAAACCUGGAGCCAAGGAGCUGCUGGAAGGAGCUUUAUAUGCAGUUGAAGAGGACGAGAUCUUCCACAGAGUGAAGAUCCUGGCGCUACCUGACCAUGGUGAAAGCAUCUUUUACAAUGUCUUGGUUCGGUUCAUUGAUAUUGGAAAGGAGAGUGAUGUCAAAUCUCAUCAGAUCCUUGAGCUGCCUUCACAGUUUCUUUCUCUGCCUAACCAAGCCAUUGAGAUGGUGGUCUGCAGGGUGAAGCCAGCUGAUGCUGAGAUUGAGUGGCAUCCAAAGGUCACAAGAGCUAUCAGCCAGAAGAUCCGAGGUCUGCAGCAUCGAGCCAGAGCUGUUCUGUGCCUGGGGAAUACAGUUUUUGUUGAUCCUAUGGUACGAGUUACUCAGAUGCCAGGCACAAAAACAUGUAUAAAUGAGUACAAUGUGCAGACUGAGAUCCUAAAGACAGGGAUGGGAGUCAAUAAUCCCAAGCAUCUGGACUUCUUCAGAGCAGCUUUUCAAGAUGGCAGCAAAGAUGGAGGUCACAUAUCAAGCGACGAAGACAGAAGAGGAAUUUACGAAAGUAAUCCUGCUGCCUCUUUGAGCCUUCAUGAAAACGGCGAGCCUGAUGGUGACGAGCAGGUUGUGUCCAGUGAUGAAACAGUCUGCAAUGACCUGUCAAAGAGUUUAUAUCCUCAGGUUGUUUGGUACCAAACCUGUGACUCUGUAAUUGUAACAGUGAAGUUGAUGAACCCAGAGAGUCAACGCUGCAAUUUCUACACAGACAGAGUUGUCUACAGUGGGAGAGUGAACAGUCGUUCCUACAGGGCUGAUCUGGAGCUUCACCAGAAAAUAGAUGCCGACAUUUGCCACUGGGAAAUGAAGUCCAAUCAGCCUGUUCUUAAACUGGUAAAACAGCAGCAAGGACACUGGGAGAGACUCAUCAGGAGUAAGAAUAUUUUUGUGAGUUACGACAUGGACCAUGUUGACGACGAGGAAGACAAAUCAUCAAGUUGUCGGUUGUUUGUGGAGAAUAUAGGAGAGGAUAGCUGCUAUCUGAAGUCAGAGAGCGGCAGCGAUAGUGACUGAACCCAAAAUGUUCUUGUUUACAUCUUCACCUCUUCCCUUUGAGAUAUAUUUCAGAUUCCUUUUGCAGUUGUUUUAUUGUUCUCGUAUGUGGAGUUUAGUUGGUUGCCCUUCAGAGGCCAACAUUCGGAGUCUGAAAUCUAGUUGUUUGGAAAUUGUCAUCUUUUUUUCUCUAUUGUUUCAGUCGCAGACGAGCAAAUACAUUCAUUUUCAUUCAUGUACUUUGAAUUUAGGUCUGGGUACAUAGGUCAAUACACAUGGCUGUUUCCUUCUUAUAAAAACAAUUCAUAAUCACAUUUAAUGGCAGCUUGUGAUGCCAUGGGCAAUUGAGAAACCAAAUUGAAUUGUUCCCCAAUCUUUUGUUCAAAUUUCUUGGAAAUGUGAUAAAAAGUUUCAUUACCUUUGAGCUGUUUCAAGUUGGGAUCCAGACAGGCUCUGUGCAUUUUGGUAUGUAUUGUGUAUGGAGGCAGAAUCCUGAAAAAGUUAAUGAAUAUGGAAAUAAAUUAAUGGUUUGAUAAAGUAAUGAAUGUGUCAAAAAAUAAGAACUUUGCCAAUUUCUUUGAUUAUGAAAUGUAGCAUUAAUUAAUUUAUAAUUUCCAGCAAUAUUAAUUUAACAUCACUAUCAUAUAUCCUGUCUGCAGUCCUAAGAGGGGUUGAGUAGACCCCCUGUUCGUGGUCCCGCUGGUGUCACGCUGAUCACUGAGGUUUUCUUCCUCCAUGGUUUUGGAAACUGACAGGACUCCCCUAUCACUUUCCCGCUGUCCGACUGCGACAUCUGCUGCUCUCUGAGUGUGAAGCUGGGACUGUGGGAGACGCAUUAUCAAAAACUAAGUAAAUAAUUAAAUGAAAAUAAAAUAAAACGAUAAGAUAACUAAAAUGGAAAUUAAAUGUAAGCAAUUUCUCCUUAGAGAUCAGUUGUCAGUUCUAUUCAAAAUAGUGUUAUGGUAAAUUCUGUUAAAAAUUAUCAAUAAAUAUAGACGUUGCAUAAUUAAAUUGUAAAAAAAAAAAAUUGCAUGCUAUAUUUGACACAUGAAUUACUUUAUUGAGCCACUUAUUAAUUUCUAUGUUUAUUCACAAUUCUUUUAGGAUCCUUUUCUAAACAUAUAAGGGACAGCAUGAAAUUGGGAAUUAAAAUUAACCCACUGGUGCCAGCUUGAGAUUUGCCACAAUUAGUGCAGUUCUUAGCAAAAUAUGUAGCAUUAUUGUUCCGGCACUUCUGUUGAUGUAAUUAAUACCCAUUUACAACAAAUGCCACCUCAAGGUACUAUACAAAACAAAUGACUUCUAAUCAUAUCCAGCUGCAUAGAAUCUAAUUUGGUUCAAAUUCACUUUAAAAUAAUCCAUCCGGUUAAGAACCAUGUUCAUAGUCAGUGUAAUUGAACAAAUUAAAUUAAUACAGUGCCCGUUGGUAAUUGUCUACUGUAAGGAAGCCCAACCCAGUACAAGAAGUAACUGAAUUUGCAGCAAACCUUCUGUUUUACUUUCUAGAAAACAGAAACGGACAAGAAAAUAGUUUACUGAUGUCUUCAGACUAUUUGCUGGGUGUUUGUGUCAUUGCCUCAGGUUUGUAAGUAUGAAGUGUAACCUUCACAAGUUAUGAUUUGUGAUAACUAGUGAUGUCACUUUUUCAUGACGAGGCAUGUAUGUAAGUACAUGUUGUUGUUGUUUGCCUUUUCUGUUCACAACCAUGGGAGAGCUCUUAGAGGGACAACAGUCUGUUUUGUUUGCAGCUUUACCAAGUAAAACUGAGGCAUUAUAAAGCUUUAUUUAAAUCUACAAGUAAGACGAGCAUACUUCAGCUGCCUCGUGGCAACUGGUGUGUUACUGUUACCUUGUUGUUGCGGUGCUGCAUUAUAGUUGCAUUAAAAUUUACACCGUUCUUCAAAUUUAUAUUUAAAAUCAUCUUUUUAGUUUGACCAACAUGCUUGUUAUGACUGGGAGUAAUGGUAACAAUUUGAAGUGGCCCAUCCACAGGCCCAGAGCUUAGGGAGUUUAGUAUUAGGGGAAUGUAAAAAGGACUUCCAAACCACAAGGACUUGAAGGAGAGUGUCCAAAACAGUAAUGAAGACGGCAAACAGUGCUUGAGGAGUUACAGGACAGAUUUGUUUGCUGCAAUUCCUUUUCCAUUGUUGUUGGUGAAUAAUUCUUGGCAUGUACAUUUUUGUUUUUGGAUAAAAAUAAAAAGCAUAUCUUGUAUGGUCCUAGUUUGUGGAAGAUACCUGACAUUUUCCAAUCAGAAAAAAAUUGUUGGUUAAAGCUGCUGUAGGUAACUCUAAAAAAUUUUUUUUUUUUUUUUUAAUUGUCACUGUUUCCUGACAGAAUGGUACGAGACAGAUAAUCUGUGAACAGAAUCAAUCUUCUCCACCUCCUCCCAAUGCUACUCUUGCAAUCUGCAGAAAUGUGCCGCUCCUGGCCAAAAACAGCCAAUCAGAUUCAGGAGGAAGGUCAUAGCACUAUAAAUUACACUUGUGUAUGCACUGCUCAAUGUGCUAAUGGUGGAGAAACAACUUACUGUUCCAGGAAAACUGUUUACCUGCUGUCACUGGUGACCGUGCUAACUAGCUGAGCAUUUGUGACAGGCUGUGUUAUCAGGAAGAAGCUGUAGUGUAGCAGAGAGAAAGGGGAGUAAGCAGUGUGUACACAAGCAUGAUUGACAGCAUUGUAUUUCUGCUAAGAGUGCACCGAUUUCAGUUUUCUGGCCGAUUGCCGAUUACUGUUCCUUAAAAAACCUGAGCUGCUGAUUCCGAUUUUGGAAGCUAUUACUGAGUUGGAAACAGUGGGAUGACUAUUGAUUACUGCAAACAUGCAAACGUGACCACGGCAGAGCAACAGAAGACAGUGGUUGAUUUUUAGACAUUUGCCGAGGUCAAUAAGAUGAGUGGAUGAAUUUGGCUUCACAUGUAGAUAUCAGCUAAUCACCGGUCUCCCAAAAUUGGGAAGAGGAAAUUGGGGCCGAUUUAUCGGUGCAUCUCUUAACUUCUGCAGCUAGCACUGGGAAAAGGCAGAGGAGCUUAAUAGACAUACAGUUUUAGCAAAUGUAUAAAAAUAUAUUUCCUGUAACGGCUACAUACGGGAGCCUUAAGGGAAAAUUUUAAAUGUAUAUCUGCCAGGGAUAUAAAUAAUUGUGGACAUAAGUGCCUGUGUACCAGGAGUUUAGGUUAAAGCUGUAACUUUUGUUUAAAAAAUGUUUUUUGCAUAUUUGUUAAAACUGUCACUAUGUCCUGUGAGUAGAAUAUGUACGGCUUUAUGGAUCAAUCCUUAAAAUUAAGUCGUAUUGACUUAUUUUGUUAAUAUUCUGUAUCUCUUUAACUCUGAGGAGAAAUGUAUCAGUUAAUAGACUUAAUGUGCUUUUUCUUUUUGAACAUUUGUUUGAAUACUGCAGUUUUACAUUGUUAGAUGCUGUUUGAAUUAUUAGUAAAUGCACUUUCUGUUCUAUAUAUCAUAACAAUAAAUUGAUCUGCUCCUGCA